GGUUAUAAAUUAAAUUGACAGCUGUCAUCUGUCAAUUUCUUCUUUUUAGGUCAAAUUAAUACGAUUUAGGGAUUUCUAGGGGAAAUUGAAGCUCCCGUCUAGGGAUAUUCUGAAAUUUCAUCUGGCAACCCUGCUUAGACAAUGAAAAAAGAGGAUGGCCGAUGGCGCCGGUGUGGCCGGUGUGGGUGUGAUGUCAAAUGAUGUGGAAUGUGGGCCAUUUCUCUAUGAUGUGCAUAUGAUGUGGGCUAAAUUGGUAAAUAAAAAAUAAAGUGACAAAAUCAAAAUACAACAAAGUGAUUGUUAGUGUAGCUAAAAGAAGCUUUUUUUGAUUUUACUUUUUGGAUGUGUAUAUAAAUUCAAAUAUGGAUAUAAACCAAGAAACCAGUGAGAAAACUUGUAAAGUAGAAGAUACACAAGAGACGUGUGAUGGUCCCUUGGAUGCGUUCAAAGUUGAAGUUAAAGAAGAACCCAAGACAGAACCCGCAUACGACACAUUUGGCUAUUUAGACUCUAACGAAUUCCCCCUAAAAACUGAAGUAGAACAAGAUGAAUAUAAAUUUACACCGUUUGAAGAAAAGCAAACAACCAAUGAAGAAAGUUGUUUCCAGAAGGAGAAUAAACUGAAAAUUAUGGACACCUUACAUUCGCCUCAUAAAGGAUGCCACGAGGUUAAAGGAAAAAUGUUAAACAAAAAUAUGAAAAUUGGGACUGGAGGCAGAUCUUACAAAUGUGAAAUUUGUUUCAAACAAUUUACUAAAGUGUCUCUUUUAAAAGUGCAUUUGCUAAUACACGGUGAACAAAAACAUUAUAAGUGUGAAAUUUGUUUAAAGCGAUUUGCUAGAAAAAGUGAUUUGAACAGACACUUGAGAUUGCACACUGGGGAAAAACCUCAUAAGUGUGAAAUUUGUUUUAAGUCGUUUAAUGCAGCACAUCGUUUGAAAGAACAUGUAAGAACCCACACUGGAGAAAAACCUCAUAAGUGUGAAAUUUGUUCAAAGUCAUUUACUAGAGCAAGUUGUCUUAAAGUACAUUUGCGAGCACAUAGUGGAGAUAAUCCUAAUGAGUGUGAAAUUUGUUUAAAACAAUUUAGUUCCAGAAGUUAUUUAAAAAAACACUUGAGAGUGCACACUGGAGAAAAACCGUACAAGUGUGACUCUUGUCUUAAGCAGUUCACCGCAGAAAGUUCUUUGAAAACACAUUUGAUAGUGCACACUGGAGAAAAACCUCAUAAGUGUGAAAUUUGUUUUAAGUCGUUUAAUGCAGCACAUCAUUUGAAAGGACAUGUAAGAACCCACACUGGAGAAAAACCUUACAAGUGUGAAAUAUGUUCAAAGUUAUUUACUAGUACAAGUUAUCUUAAAGGACAUUUGCGAACACAUAGUGGAGAUAAUCCUUAUGAGUGUGAAAUUUGUUUAAAACAAUUUACUACAAGAAGUGAUUUGAAAAAACACUUAAGAGUGCACACUGGAGAAACGCCUUAUAAGUGUGAAAUUUGUUUCAAACAGUUUGUUCAAAAAGGUCAUUUAACUGUCCACAUGAAAUUUCACACUGGAGAAAAACCUUAUAUGUGUGAAGUUUGUUGUAAGCAGUUUACUACAGCAGGUUCUUUGAAAGUACAUUUGAGAGUGCACACUGGGGAAAAACCUUACAAGUGUGAAAUUUGUUUAAAGGUAUUUUCUAGAACAAGUCAUCUAAAAGCACAUUUGCGAACACACAGUGGAGGAAACCCCUACUAGUGUGAAAUUUGUUUUAAACACUUUAGUAGGUACAGCAAAUAACUUGACAGUACAUUCGAGAGCGCACACUGAAGAAAAGUCUUAGGCCUGGUUUGUCUGACCAGAUUUGUCCGAAAUAUUUUGUUGAUAUAGCACCAAAAAGAUCGCUCUAUCUCGGGGAAUUAUUCCGUUCAGAAGAUUCGUCUGUUUGUGAUUUGUAUACAUGCAGUCAGUUCGUUGAACAAGAGAGGCAUUGUUUGCGUUUAAUGUCGUCUCUAAAAGAUGCUUAGAUAUUAACCUGGAUAUUUAUUCAUGUUUCAUCAACUUGGAAAAAUCGUUCGACAGGGUCCGACAUGAAAAACUAAUAGAAAUAUUGAUAAACAGAGAUAUAGACAAACGAGAUUUACUAAUUAUCAUCAAUCUGUAUUGGAAUCAAUUGGAAUAAAGAUAGAAGAACAAGAAUCCGAGAGUAUUGAUAUAAAGAGAGGAGUAAGACAGGGUUGUGUUCUGUCGCCACUACUGUUUAACUUGUAGAGUGAAGCCAUAUUUCAGGAAGCAAUAGCGGAGCUAAGUGAUGGAAUCUCUAUAAACGGAAGAAUAGUAAAUAAAAUAAGAUUCGCUGAUGAUACCGUUAUAAUGGCAGACACCCUGGAAUCGUUACAAGAAUUGCUAAAUAGAAUUAACACUUAUUGCGUUCGAUACGGACUAAAAAUAAACAAGAAAAUAACUAAAUUUAUGAUUGUCCCAAAAACACAACAUGGAAAUGAAAGGUUAAUGAUAGAUCAAACCCAAAUAGAAGAAGUAAAGUCAUACAAAUAUCUGGGAACCUGGGUUGAUGACAAAAAUGACCAAAGCAAAGAAAUUAAAGUCCGAAUGAAAACUGCAAGGCAAGCAUUUAUAAAAAUGAAGACACUUCUUACAAACAAACACCUUCAGUUGCCUCUCAGAUUGAGGGCUUCUAAGGGCUCAUUCUGCUGAAUCGCACCUGACUGAUAGUGCAGUCACUGAAGGUUUUCACGUCCGAUUUUUAUGAAAGUUGGUGAGGAGUUAGAGAUACCUCAGGAAACAAAGGUGACAUGAUGCCAACUUGCGCUUUUACCCUGAGGGUGGAUGCCACCCCUUUUCGGGGAUGAAAAUUAUUUUAAAACUUUAAAAGGGUAAACCCUGUAGUUGGCUGUAUACCUUCGUUAAAACAACGUAGAAUGAAGUAAACACUUUUGUUGUAUGUAGGUAUAUAAAUUUAUUAAAAUUCUUAAAAUUUAUCCACAAGGGAGUGGAAGUACAAAAC